GGUUUUUGUGUAGUUGUUUUCAUUGUGAAAUGAUUUCAAAGUUCACCCUGGUUUUCUUGGUAUGCAUUGUCGCAUUAGCGAUAGGCGAGCCAACAGUUCCAGAAUGGAGUCACACUUACAGCGUUGAAGGAAUAAUCUAUUUGCCAUAUGCAGAAAUAGAAGAGCCUUUCCAUGCUUGGUAUGAUGGCAAAUCUAAAAAUUCGCGCAUUGAUUACUACGAUGGGAUGGUUAAAACGUACCAACUUGGAGAAAAUGGAAAUGGUGUCCAACUGAAAGUCAUUCCAUUCACUACAGAGGAAGUUCUAAACCAAAUAACGUGUUUCCAGGUUAAUGGAACUGAAGACGAUCCAGUAACAUCUCAAUCGAUUUUACCAGAUUUAGAAGGAUUUGAAUAUGAUGGUAUAGACCAACUGGGAAAUAAGGAAGUAGAGAUCUGGUCUCUAAAAACUGUCCAGUUAGAAAAAGAAAACGUCUAUACUCUUUCGGUUUUCCGAGACGAACAUGGUAGAGCUGUCCCAGUUAAGUAUGACAUGAAAGGAUACAAUUCGUUAUUGGGAAGUCACUACGAUCACUACUAUGUGACAUAUCAUUCGUACAAGACUCAUAAAAUUAAUCCCUCCGUUUUUAAAGUAGAAACUGAUAGUGAAUGUAGAAGUUUUCCUGGACCUGGAAAUCAACAUGUCCACAUCAUGAACCCCAUGGCCGAAUAUAUUCGUCCCGAAAAAAGUGAGCACGUCGAUUCAAGUUUUGGCGAUUUUAUAAAUAACCACAAUAAAAACUACGCAGACGCAAAGGAGCACGCAUUUAGAAAAGAGGUUUUCCGUCAAAAUGUCAGGUUCAUCGAAUCAGUCAACCGAAGAAAUAAAGGAUAUACCUUAGCAAUUAAUCAUCUUGCUGAUAAAACUGACAAGGAAAUCAAAUACCUCAAUGGAAGAGUUUCAAGUGGAGGCAACAAUGGUGGACAACCUUUCCCAUACACUGAUUUUGACACCGAUGAUUUACCCGAUGAGUAUGACUGGAGGCUCUAUGGAGCUGUUUCACCAGUAAAAGAUCAAGCUAUAUGUGGAUCCUGCUGGUCUUUUGGCACAGUCGGUACUCUUGAAGGAUCAUUGUUUUUGAAAAAUGGAGGCAAAAACUUCGUUCGAUUGUCCGAACAAGCUUUGGUGGAUUGUUCUUGGGGCUUUGGUAAUAAUGGUUGUGAUGGUGGCGAGGACUACAGGGCUUACCAAUGGAUCCAAAAACAUGGUGGAAUACCAAUCGAUGCUGAUUAUGGCAACUAUUUAGGCGAGGAUGGAUUUUGCCACGCGGAUAAGGUAGAGAAGACAGCCAAAAUUACUGGUUGGGUAAACGUAACCGAAAACGAUGAAAAUGCUCUUCGUUUAGCAUUAUUCAAGCAAGGACCAAUUAGUGUUAGCAUCGACGCUAGUCAAAAAACGUUCAGUUUUUAUUCACAUGGAGUCUAUUAUGAUGAAAAUUGCGGAAACCGGGAACAAGAUUUGGACCACUCGGUGUUAGCUGUUGGAUACGGUUCAAUCAACGGCGAAAACUAUUGGUUGAUCAAAAACAGUUGGUCCACCUAUUGGGGAGAUGAUGGCUACAUCUUGAUGUCUUCCAAAAACAACAACUGUGGAGUCAUGACUGCGGCUACCUACGUAACUAUGUAGAUAUUUUUUAUAACGUACAUGUUUAGGAAAAAUAGAAUAUAUUUGUGAUUUAUUUUGUAGAAUUGUUAUUAUCAAAUAAAAUUUCUUC